AUGUGUACCAAGAGGAAUACCACUAUCCACUUCCUUUCACACACCGAAAAGGCGCUAGCUGUAAAGACGUUGACAAGCGGUUUUGACCACAAUCGUAGCUGGAGACCCUUUGAAAUACGCGCCUACAUUCUGAUCCUUGCUCUUACGCUUUUUGUAGUGGCAGUUUCAGCCGAGGAUGGUUCAUCGCGGGACGUUGUGAAACGCAUUAAAGAGAGGCUGGAAUGUACCUAUACAUUCGUUCAGGAAGACGCGUUGGGAAAGAAAAUAGUUAAAGUCGUAAAGGACUGGAAUGAAACAAUGAAAGAUGCCAGCAGCAAAAUCCGGGAGAAAUUGGCUGAGUGCAUCGAAACUCUCAAGAGCGAAGCUGAUUAA